AUGCCCUCAAACCAACCCCAAGCACUGACCUUUUACUUAAGCCAACCUCGAAGGAAGGCUGACGAGUAUGCAGUCGGGAGUGCUGGGGAGAAUGGUUCCACAGUCUACACGGCGCUCUCUGAAUCCUCGCAGGGCGAUAGCGGUGUUCGCAUCAGAAGUCAGUGUGGGGUCGGUGCUGUGGUCGUCAGAGUGCAGCCGAGUGGAGACAUCACAUCCCAGGUCUACACUGCUGGUGCAGGGGGUGGGCUUGCACCCUUUGAUGGACAGAAGAUGACAUCGAUUUUUCCCAUCGCCAGCAAUACCAAGAUCCUCACAUCCAUCUUGUUGGUGUCCUUGGCCGACCACGGGAAGCUGGCUAUGGAUGAGACCGUCGGCAGUUUCCUAGAUCAGACGUGUGGCAGCCUACCUCAACCUGUGGCCAACAUCACAUUGUUUCAGUUGGCAUCACAAACUUCUGGCCUGCCUGCACAGCCAACGAACCUCGGUGGCACCCCGCGGAACCGGCACCUGGAGCCAUGCAAGCGCGAUCCGGUGGAUUGCAACCCAUUUACGCAGUACACUGUGCAAGACCUUUGCCAGACGCUACGUGAGGUCACCCUUGGGCCCAAGGGACACUACCUCUACUCGAACUUGGCGUUUGGAAUGCUAGGCUACUUACUGGAGCGUCGCAUGGGAUCUUCUUUCGAGCAGCUCACCCACACUUGGGUACUGCAGCCGCUCGGCAUGUACAGCGGCAAGAUCACCCUGAAUGAGACUGAAUGGCAGACGCUGACACCUCAAGGAAAAGAUGCAAAAACCGGCGAGGGCCGCUGGCGGCGCCAGCCCUAUGGCAUUCUCCAAGGCAAUGGUGCCUUCCUCGUGAGCAUUCCAGACAUGGGCCGGCUGGUAGGCUCGAUGAUCAAGGCAGAGAGGGGUCGAGAGACCCCCUUGGCGGCCAGCCUCCGGCAGACCCUGCAGCCUGUGACUUGGAGCGGCCUUUGCGCAUGCAAUGCCUGCGAAGAGGAGGAGUUGCUGAAGCUCUCCAUUCCGACGGCGGAACGUGGGGUUGUUGCUAUGGGCUGGGAGUCCUCGAGCUCAGGACUUCGCCGAGGAUGGCACAAGGCUGGGGACAUCGCUGGAUACUCUUCUUGGAUGGCCUUCAACGCUGCCUCGGGCCGAGGGGCUUUCGGCGUCGACACCUGUGGGGGCUGUGGUGCUGAACUGGGUUCCUUACGGGGUUCGGCGGUGCAGCAGAUGGUGCAGCUGCUGGCAGAUGGCCCUCCCGAGGUUGUGGCACCUUUGCCCCAGCUGGCUGAAGCAGAGCUUUCUGCACUCGUUGGUGACUUCAAGGCAUGUCCAGCAGCCCCUGGCAAGACUCAGAGCAGCAGUUUGUCACGAUUGUCUUUGUCUUUGCAUGGCUCAGACAGAAGGAAGUUACUUGCAAGCACCGAGUCGUUUUCUGGUGAGAGGAGCCCGGCUGUCACUGCAUCGCCAUACAGCUCGGCCGAAUCAGACGGUUUGCAGGCCUUUUCAGGUGUCGUUCUCGCAUUGUCAGAUCCAGUUGGCACGAUUCAUGGAGGGGCUAAUGCGAAAGGACCGCUGGCAACAGUUGCGCAGCGGCGUAGCAUCCACUUUCUGGCAGACUCCCGGUUUCCGAACAAACGUGGAGCAGCGGUGCUUCACAUCGGCGGUGUUGAUGUUUUCUUCGUGGACGAUGAUCACUUGGUCUCUGCAGUGCACACGGGUGCAUCGGAUCCAUUGGGGCCCAACAGCAUGACAGAAUUGCAGCCGACAGCGCUGAAAAGCCGCUAUGUCCUGCUUUGCCGAGUCGUUGCUGGAAGUCCGCGGGUCUGUACGACGAACCAGAUCGACGCCGAGCGCCUCCGGGAGGACAUACUCGGCGGACGGCAUCACUCCGUCCUGGGAGAUAGGGUCACCGAGUUGAAGAAACCGUUCCGCGAAAUCGUCGUCUACGACACAGACCAGGUCUAUCCCGAGUUCCUGCUGACAUACACCCGCUGCUGGUGGACCUCGGCACUCCGGCCACGGCCCGGUGGACGCAGAGCACAGCUUCAAGAGGACAGGGAGGGCAGCAAGGACAGCGUGGAAGACCCCCAAGUUCGGCGCAUGAGCAGCGUUUGUCUGGACUGGAGCGCUGGCAAAGCCCAGGGCCAUGAGGUGAGGUUCAGGGAUGCCUGGCGCCUCCCGGGGCUUUACAGAGCCUCCAGAGAUCCCUUUUCCGCAGCAUGCCCCUGA